GCCGCGGUGCCGGAGCGGGGCGGCGGGCAUGUGGCGGGUGGUGUCGGCGGGGCGCCGGCUGUUGCCGCCUCUCUGCGCCGCGGCGGGGGGCGCCCGCCGGCCGGAGCCGCCCUCCCGUCUGGCCGGGGCUCCCCGCGGGGGCUGCGCGGCGGUGCGAGGCGCGGGAGGCGGCGGAGCCGGGGCGCUGGGGGCGGUGACGGCGGCGGAGCAGCGCCAGGCGGCAGAGACUGUUCUUCCAAAGUUCAACAUUGAUUUUGUUGUGGCUCUGCUGAGGCAGGAAAAUGCUAAAGAUAUCUGUGUCAUCCAGCUCCCUCCAGAAAUUAAAUACUGUAAUUAUUUUAUAAUUGUGAGCGGAUCUUCAACACGACAUCUCCAUGCAAUGGCACAUUACAUGCUGAAAAUGUACAAGUAUUACAAAGAAGAAAAUGAUCCUCAUACUCAGAUUGAAGGGAAAGAAACAGAUGACUGGCUGUGCAUUGAUUUUGGUAGCAUAGUGACACAUUUCAUGCUGCCAGAGACACGAGAGGCUUAUGAAUUGGAGAAGCUGUGGACUCUUGGUUCCUACGAUGACCAGCUAGCACAGAUGAUUCCACAGUCGCUGCCAGAAGACUUUAUAUUUGGACUGACUCCUAACAGCAGUGAUCAUCUUGAGACAAGAACUUAAUGCAGCUGCUGAGUGGAAAGAGAAGGGAGUCUGCCUUCACAGAUCUGAGACACACAGUUUUGAUUGCUGAUGUAACAGACACUACAGUUGAUCAGUACAAAACAAUGUAUUUAUUGGAUAUGCCUAGGUAAAGCUCUGAACAAGCUACAAAAAUUAUCAGAAUCAUUAAGGUUGGAAAAGACCCUUAAGCUCCAGUCCAACCAUAAAAUGUCAAAGAAGGAAUCCUAUCGUAAGGGAGCUUCCUAGGGGGGUCAUGGUUUCAAGGGAGUUUGCAGUGAGAAGAGAGGGGCAAAGACAGCUACUUACCCUGAAACUCAUGCUCAGUCUAGUACCUUUGAAAGACCUGCUUGUAGUGGUAGUGCAAAAAAAGACCGGAGUGCUGCAAUGAAAAAACUGUAUGUGAAAUAGUACAGUUUUGAUGAGGCUUCUUAUAUUAACCCAUUUGCUUCUGGUCCCGAUUGAAGCAAGUCAUGCUCUGAGUUGAAGGAGGAGAGAAAACUGACUGGUGUUGCUGAGCACAUAAAAGCCAAGAGCAGCAGUGACAAAUAAAUGUGUCUUGAGUUAACAGAACAGUAAGUCAGUUUUUCAGUCAAGGCCAAUCUGUUUUUAAUAAUUAAAAAAAAAAAAAAAAAAAACUGAAGAGCUUCAAUUCCUUGUCUUCAUGUUAAAACAUUCAGCUUAUUCUAAGUCUGCAGUUGGCUCCUCUCCUAGUUUUCCUCUCCCUAGUUUCUGGAAAAGGACACUGAGGCAACAUGCUAUGGCAGUGGAAACCUUCAGCGCCUUUGAAGUGGGCAAGAGUGGUUCUCAAGGAAGCCCUCAGUCACUGAGCGUUACUUGCUGCUAAUGGACUGGUCAGCACGGUGAGAAGUCGCCGCGCAGGGUGUUCUGCUGCACGGUCUAAUAACCAGUUAGAAGAGCUUCAAGAUGGUACGAAAACAUGGCUGUGUAAAGCAAGAUGCUUUUCUCUCCUACAGGACAGGACUUUCAUCACUAGAUUAGGAUCUCUUCCUUCUGGAGAAGCUUGCUCUGCCGUGCAUCGGGAUCCUGAGGAUAGUCACCUUUUCCCCCAUAGCUCCACAAACUACUUCAAGCCCUCGCUGCAUCUCUUCCCUGCACAGCAGCUGCUGCUUGUAAUGCUCAAAGAAAGUGACCUUCUUUUUUCUGCCUGUGGUUGUUGUGUUUAGGGAGAAGGGGUGUGUGUGUUUGUUUGUUUAAAAGAAUAAAUCAAACCAAAACAAAUGAAAAAAAACCUCCCUCAUUUCAGCCCGGUCAUGUUUUCCUGCUGUGUGUAGCCUCUCUUCUUUCAGGAAUAACUGUCCCUGAGUUCACCUGCUCUUUGAUACCAGGCAGCAUAGUUCUGCAAAUUAAGUAAGGAGAGUUAAUUAAAUGUGGUUAAACUAUGCAGAUAAAGCAUCUUUGCCCAAAAAAUAAAGGUAUUGGU